AUGGCCCCCAUAUCAAAGAAGAAGUCCAGAAAAGGAUCCCCCAAACACCUUCAACGCCACAAGAAAACACGAAAGAGAAUGGCUACGGCACCAGCGCCUAGAACUGACUCGGUUGACUUCAGCAAUGAGGAUUACAACAUACGCUCACCGGAGCGCACCCAACUCCUGACCAAAAUCAAGGAGGCGAUCUCCGGCGCCAACGUCUCCCCUGCUUUCUGGGCUUGCUGUCAGCUUGCCGAUAUGAACUGCUUACAAAAAGUCUCCAAAGUGUGUGAAGAUUUUCCACGUGUUAUUCUCGGCUAUGAUGAGUCGGUAGCACUCCUGCCGUUGCAAUGGAGUCAGCGAUUCCAGGAUUCGAGAUCACAAGCCGUCUCGCAAGGUCCAGGAAAUGGAAAGAAGCGCAAACUGAAUUCUGACAGACAAUCAUGGGUGCAGCGGUCGGAUCAACAGGCGCAUAAGAUAAGCUGCAAAGAGCGCGAUGAUCACAAAUGUGUUCUCACGAAACAGUGGUUUCCUGAGGCGGCCCAUAUAUUCCCCUACUGCAUGCUCAAUUCGCUUCCCAAAGAGGACCAACCCCAAGCCAUGAGAGUGGCCCCCAGCUUUUGGAAUUUGUUAGGUAUCUUCUGGGACGAGGAUCGGGUCAACAGAUGGAAAAAGACAAUCUUUCCGGAUUCUCAAAAUCCUAAUAGGGGCGUGGACCGGUGCUUCAAUCUCAUCUGCCUCAAUGGCGACGUUCGUAUGAAGUGGACCAAGGGAAUGUUCGCACUGAAGCCGCUGGGACUUUCAAGCGAUCAGAAACAGCUUACAGUUCAAUUCUUCUGGCAAGUUCUCGGCAACUACAACAUCAAAAGCCGGGUUGAUUUGCUUACGGAACCCACAUCAUCAAAAGGCCUGGAUGGAUUUGCCGGCCAAUUUUUGUGUCGCAGCGAGGAUGAUGGCUCAACUCCGCGCCUUUGUUUUGGAGACAUUCUCACUCUCCACACCAAGGACCCCGAGGAACUACCGUUACCGAGCGUGGAGCUCUUGGACAUGCAAUGGCUUCUCCAACGUCUCGUGGGAAUGUUAGGUGUUGCGGGAUGGCCAAUCUUGGACUGGGAUGACGAUGAUGGUUGGCUUAUUCCUGAUCAUACCUUGAAUGUCGAAAAGAGUCAGUGA